CCCCACGAUUCCACGACGCAGCCGGCAGACCUAAUUCUCCGUCACCACAUCUUCCUCCAUCUGCUCGCCGUUUCAUUCCGAUCACGUAAGAGAGCUUCCUUUUCCCUUUCUUCCUACGAUUUGCCCUAUCACCGAUCCGCUUUCUGUGCGAUCCUUACCAUCAAAAUCCGAUUUUUCGAUCAGCAAGGAGCUAUCCGACAGAGGGCGCACGAUGUCCGGCGGCGGCGAUAUCCGCCUCCCGAAGGAGGACAACGACCACCUCACCCGCCCUCCGCCCCACUCCCCCCGCCGUCGCCGGUUCCUCUCCUUCCGCCACGUCAACGCGCUGGCCGUCGUCGCCGUCCUCGCCGCCAGCGGCAUGGUCCCAGCCACCGACCUCACUUUCGUCCUCUUCUCCUUCGUCUACCUCCUCCUCCUCUCAGCCACCGCCUUCCCGCCUCUCGGCCCCCCGGGCGCGGCUGCCGACCCGCCCGUCUUCGGCGCCCGCAACCGCCUACUCGCCGCCUACGUCUCCGUCGGCGCCGUCGUCGGCCUCCUCCUUCCCGUGGCCUACAUCCUGGACGGCGUCCUCGCGGGGGACAAGGAGGGCAUCAGGGCUGCCGCCCCGCACGUGUUCCUCCUCGCCGCCCAGGUCUUCCUCGAGGGCGUCACCUUCUCGGGCCGCUUCUCGCUGCCGAUGCGCGCCUUCGUGCCCAUCUUCUACAACACCAAGCGGCUAUUCACCAUCGUCGAUUGGCUGGGGAGCGAGGUCGGGAAGGCGGAGGGCAAGCACGGGGCAGGGCGGCGGCUCCUCGCGGGGCGCGCGCUCGCCGUGGCCAAUUUGGCCUUUUGGGCCUUCAAUCUCUUUGGGUUUCUGCUUCCGGUUUACCUUCCCAGGGCCCUCAAGGGAUACUACAGUGGGAAUGGCAGCAACAAUAACAACACUAAGGUGAAGGAUUAGACAAAAGAUAAUGAUAAAUAUGACUAAGCAUUCUUAAUGGAUGCUAUUAAUAUGAACUUGAGUUGCUUUUGUUUA